GAAACGUUUAUGACAUUGAAACUGAGGAAGAACCAGGUGGUCAGUCUCUAGAACUAGCCAAGCCUCAAGUGGUGGGACGUACUGCCAAAAAUCUGGAUGGAGCGAAACAGCAGCAGAGAAGGAAAACACAAGGAAGAAAAGAGCAGGGGAAUAAAACCAUGGGUUGUCAGGAUUUCUGUGACAUCCCCAUGCAACAUAAAACACCAAAGACAGGGCAUCCCUGUCCCACUCGUAAAUCAGACCUUAUGUUACAUGAAAAAAUUCAGACUGGAGGAGAACCAUAUAAAUGCCUGGAGUGUGGAAAGAACUACAGUCAGAAGGACGCACUCAUUUUACAUCAAAGAAUCCACACAGGAGAAAAACAAUAUAAGUGCUUAGAGUGCGUAAAGAGUUUCAAACAUCGUAGCAGUCUUCAUUUACAUCAAAGACUUCACACAGGGGAGAAACUGUAUAAAUGCCUGGAGUGUGGAAAAAACUUCAUUCAGAGUGGAAAACUUACCAUCCAUCAGAGAGUUCACACAGGGGAGAAACCACAUGAAUGCUCAGAGUGUGGAAAGACCUUUGCUAGGAACGACACACUAAUUUUACAUCAAAGACUCCACACAGGAAAAAAGCUAUAUAAGUGCUUGGAGUGUGGAAAGAGUUUCAGUAAUCUUAACAGUCUUUAUUUACAUCAAAGAAUUCACACAGGGGAGAAACCAUACACAUGCUCGGAGUGUGGAAAGAGUUUCAGUCAGCUACAUCAAAGAAUUCACACAGGGAAGAAACCAUAUACAUGCUCGGAGUGUGGAAAGAGUUUCAUUCUGCGUUGGAACCUUGCUACACAUGAGAGGAUGCACACAGGGGAGAAACUCUAUGAAUGUUCAGAGUGCGGGAAGAGUUUUCCUCGCUCAAGAAGCCUUACCGCACAUCAAAGAGUCCACACAGGAGAGAAACCCUAUAAAUGCUUGGAGUGUGGAAAGAGCUUCAUUGUGAGCUCAAACCUUAUUUCACAUCAAAGAAUCCACACUGGGGAGAAACCCUACACCUGCUUGGAAUGUGGAAUGAGCUUCAGUGCCAGCAGGAGCCUUAGUUCCCAUCAAAGAAUUCACACAGGAGAGAAACCAUUUAAGUGUGCAGAGUGCGGAAAGAGCUUCACGGACAGCAGCAGCCUUACUAAACAUCAGAGAAUUCACACAGGAGAGAAACCCUUUAAAUGCUUGGAGUGUGGAAAGGGCUUCAGUGUGAGCUCAAACCUUAUUUCACACCAAAGAAUCCACACAGGGGAAAAACCAUACAAAUGCUCUGAGUGUGGGAAGAGCUUCAGUCAGCUCUCGAACCUUACUUCACACCAAAGAAUACACACUGGGGAGAAACCAUAUAAAUGUCUGGAGUGUGGAAGGAGCUUUAGGUGGAGUUCAGAUCGUACUUCGCAUCAAAGAAUCCACACACGUGAGAAAUCACAUAAAUGAAUCUUUCCCCCACACCUACUGAAACAUAACAAUCACAACUCCCACAUUAAUAUUAGCCAACAGAAAACACUGACAGCAGAGGAGCCAUACAAAUGCUCACACUGUAGAGACUCCUGUAAUAAGUCUAGUCUUGGUGUCUUUCCUAAAAGCCAUGGAAAUGUUUUUUGGAGAGCCUAGAGAUGAAGCAGAACAGACAUUCCCGAGGAUUAGAAC